CUCUCCUUUGUCACCGGGAACCGUGAUAACCUCAGUUAGGCACUCGCUGUCGCUCAAGUGCAACGUGAAACGACCUGAAUUACUGAACUCAGGCUUGACUGAGCAAGACAGCAUGAUUCUUUAAUUCCUCAGUCUGCAUGUGCAGAUCAACUCGGGGCCUCGAUCGCUUGCAGUUCGCUUUUCAAAUGACCUACCCAAGUACCUAACCUGGAAAAACAAAAUGCGCUUUGGGUCCCUCGUCCUCGCCGGCCUCGCCGGCCUCGCCGGCUUUGCGCCCUCGGUUGUGGCCGACUGGCUCGAAACCACCUGGACCUGCGACGCCGAUUUCUUCGUCAUCUGUAACCACAUAAAUACUCCCUACCAACACUUCCACACCGACUUCGGCUCCUACGACCUCAAUAGCGUCAACGACGGCUGCCACGCCACGGGAGUCCCCGGCACGACCGAGUCCUGUAUCGACUGGCAGAACACCAUAGCCCACUUCAAGUACUGGCACCAGAGCUACAAGUGCUGCCUGAAGAAGAAUGCCGCCGGCAGGUUUUUUCACAGACGAUUCUUGCCCGGGUCGUGAAUGUUGGCAUGACAAUUGGAAUGUGGUGCCGUGCACCUGGUGAUCGGGGAAAACUCUUACAAACGGAUGGACGGGGGAGGGAGCAGCAGUGUUGUCUGUCAGGCUAGGUGGCUGGAGGCCUCCAAUGAUGUUCCCGUUGGUCGUUUUGAGGCAUGACUAUUCAUGGGACGGCUCGGUCUGAUUGCUUGGUGGCUUGCUGUAAUGGCUCACUUUUUCGGUUGAACCAUGAUUACCCUUACGGUGACUCAGGU